AUGCCGCCUGGGUGCUGCCGCCUGCCAUGGCCUGACGGCGCCAGGUCCUGGGCCAUCACCCCCGCCGUCCUCCCAGCGCCCCAAGGCCAGGUCGAGCCGUGGACGGGGGAUCUGGGGCUGCAGGCCUCACACACUGCAGCAGGAAGCCUCAGGCAGAGCCGUGUCCAUCUGAAGAUGCUCAAGCUGGAGGAUCGUGACAGUCACGCCAGAGGCAUGCUGGCCGCAGUGAGCUGGGGAGAAGCAGAAGGACGCGAGAACCAUGGGAGGCUGGAGCUGGAGAAGCCUCUUCCUUCGUCAUGGCCAGAUGGCUCCCCGGGAAACUCUGCAGCGCUUUGUAAAAUCUGUUUCCGAGUGACUCAGGCUGGGAGUCUUGCAGCCUCCCCCCGGGGAGAAGGGCCGGCUUCUUCGGUGGAGGAAGCUCAUGCCUCACGAUUGGCUGGGACCUCUCGUUCGUUGGCUGCAGCCUCAUCCCUCCUGGCGGUUCCCCUCAGACCACCCUGGCCUAGUCGCCUCUCCCCCCUGCCUUCCCACAGUUACGUGUCCGCUGGCUUCCGCUGA